AUGUCGCCGGCACUCACCACCAUGCUCGCCUCCCUGGCUCUCGUCGCGUCCGCUGCCGCGCUCCCAGGCAAUGGCUGGGGCGACAACAACAAUGGUUGGGCUCCAGCUCCUGCUCCGAUCGUCUACCCCAACGCCACGGUCACUCUCUACAAGGAGCUUUCCUGUGCAGCGGGCUCUGAGGUAGCUGGCACGCCGUUCGAGCUCAAGUCUGGUGCAUGCAUGGACGACCCAUCAGGCUCUACCUAUAUCUCGGCCAACAUCUGUCUCGAUGGCGCCGUUCCGAAAGGUUAUGAGUGCAAGGCCAUCUUGUACUCUGAUCCGGGCUGUGCAGGUGCUGGUACUGCGACAGCACGGCUUGCCAAAGACCAAGGAGUGUGCUACCUGAAGCUUACUGCGAGCUCUUUGCAGCAGGCGAACACUGUUGGUGGCAAGAGUGUUGGACUUGUUUGUCCAGCGCUUGCAGAUGGUUCGACUAUUGCUUAG